GGAAAUCAAAGAGCCACUCCUGUGAUUUACCAGAUCACCCCAGCGGGAUCAGUAGACAGACUGAGUUCCUAGGAAAAACGCUGCAGACAUCUGAGGAUAAACCACUUCAAACAGCUUUUACCUUAAAGCCGACCUGGAAGACUUUGACUUCAAGUUACAAAGGUGUUUUGGACACCUAGAAUAUUUGCCUCCUCUUUUCUAGUCAAACCUGAUUCAUAAAAUGGACUAAAGCUGAAAAAUCGUCUGCUGCUUUGUCUGUGAAUUUCAGACACGACUGGGAUGGUCUUAAGUGCAUACAACUAGACUCACUGCAGCUAUGAGUUCAGACGAGAAGGGCAUAUCCCCUGCUCAUAAAACAUCCACUCCAACCCAUAGAAGUGCCUCCUCUUCAACGUCCUCCCAAAGGGAGAGUCGGCAGAGUCUCCACGUGCUGGAGAGGACUGCUUCCUCCAGCACCGAGCCCUCCGUGAGUCGGCAGUUGCUAGAGCCGGAGCCGGUGCCCCUCUCCAAGGAAGCUGACAGCUGGGAAAUUAUAGAAGGGCUGAAAAUAGGCCAAACCAAUGUCCAGAGACCAGACAAACAUGAAGGCUUUAUGCUGAAGAAAAGAAAAUGGCCUUUAAAAGGCUGGCAUAAGCGUUUUUUUGUCCUGGAUAAUGGAAUGUUAAAGUAUUCAAAGGCACCACUUGAUAUUCAAAAAGGGAAGGUCCACGGGAGCAUCGAUGUCGGACUCUCGGUCAUGUCAAUUAAAAAGAAAGCCCGGAGAAUAGACCUCGACACAGAAGAGCAUAUCUAUCAUUUGAAGGUGAAAUCCCAGGACUGGUUUGAUGCAUGGGUCUCCAAACUGCGGCAUCAUCGAUUGUAUCGGCAGAAUGAAAUUGUGAGAUCGCCGAGAGAUGCUAGUUUUCACAUAUUUCCUUCAACCUCCACAGCUGAAUCCUCACCAGCUGCUAAUGUUUCCGUUGUGGAUGGAAAGGUGCAACCAAACAGCUUUCCAUGGCAGUCCCCUUUGCCGUGCAGCAACAGCCUCCCUGCCACCUGCACGACCGGCCAGAGCAAAGUGGCAGCCUGGUUACAGGACUCGGAAGAAAUGGACAGGUGUGCAGAAGACCUUGCACACUGCCAGUCAAACCUUGUGGAACUUAGCAAACUCCUGCAAAAUUUGGAAAUACUUCAGAGAACUCAGUCAGCACCUAACUUUACUGACAUGCAGGCUAACUGUGUAGAUAUUUCAAAGAAAGACAAGCGGGUCACAAGACGAUGGAGAACAAAAAGUGUCAGCAAAGAUACAAAAAUACAACUGCAGGAAGGGCCAUCUGCGAAGGGCCAGUUCAGCACAACUCGGCGCCGGCAGAGGCUAGCAGCAGCAGUGGCUACAACAGUUCCUUUCAGUGCUACCAUGUCACCAGUUCGCUUGCACUCCUCCAACCCCAACCUUUGUGCAGAUAUUGAAUUUCAGACUCCCCCUAGCCACCUCAUUGACCCUCUGGAAAGUUCAACGGAUUAUACAAAGCUUCAAGAAGAAUUUUGUCUAAUUGCACAGAAAGUGCAUUCUCUUUUGAAGUCUGCGUUUAAUAGCAUAGCUAUAGAGAAGGAAAAGCUUAAGCAGAUGGUUUCCGAGCAGGAACACAAUAAAGGCCACAGCACACAGAUGGCACGGCUCCGACAGUCACUGUCUCAGGCACUCAACCAGAAUGCUGAACUAAGGAGUCGGUUGAACAGAAUACAUUCAGAAUCUAUUAUUUGUGAUCAGGUUGUCAGUGUAAAUAUUAUUCCUAGCCCUGAUGAGGCUGGUGAGCAAAUUCAUGUCAGUCUCCCCCUGUCACAGCAAGUAGCCAAUGAGAGCCGCCUCUCCAUGUCAGAGUCUGUCUCUGAGUUCUUCGAUGCACAAGAGGUCCUCCUGUCUGCAAGCUCGUCAGAGAAUGAGGCUUCAGAUGAUGAGUCGUACAUCAGUGAUGUGAGUGAUAAUAUAUCUGAAGAUAACACCAGCGUCGCAGACAACAUUUCUCGGCAAAUCUUGAACGGGGAGCUUACAGGAGGGGCCUUCCGAAAUGGACGUCGAACAUGCCUGCCAGCUCCCUGUCCAGACACCGGUAACAUUAACCUCUGGAACAUCUUGAGGAACAACAUUGGCAAAGACCUAUCUAAAGUCUCUAUGCCUGUAGAGCUAAACGAGCCACUGAACACUCUGCAGCAUCUCUGCGAGGAAAUUGAAUACAGCGAGCUUCUGGACAAGGCUUCAGAAACUGACGAUCCUUACGAGCGCAUGGUUCUUAUUGCUGCAUUUGCAGUUUCAGGAUAUUGCUCCACCUAUUUCAGAGCAGGAAGUAAGCCAUUCAACCCUGUCCUUGGGGAGACUUACGAAUGCAUUAGAGAGGACAAGGGAUUCCGCUUUUUCUCAGAACAGGUUAGCCAUCAUCCACCCAUUUCUGCCUGUCACUGUGAAUCCAAGAAUUUUGUGUUUUGGCAAGAUAUCAGAUGGAAAAACAAGUUCUGGGGGAAGUCAAUGGAAAUCCUGCCUGUUGGAACACUGAAUGUCAUGCUUCCAAGGUAUGGAGAUUGCUAUGUGUGGAAUAAAGUCACCACGUGCAUACACAACAUUCUCAGUGGGAGGAGAUGGAUAGAACAUUAUGGAGAAGUAACCAUUAGAAAUACCAAAAGCAGUGUUUGCAUUUGCAAAAUCACAUUUGUCAAGGUGAAUUACUGGAAUUCUAAUGUGAAUGAAGUCCAGGGGGUUGUGAUGGAUCAGGAGGGGAAGGCGGUGCACCGGCUGUUUGGGAAGUGGCACGAAGGGCUCUACUGUGGCGUGGCCCCUUCUGCAAAGUGCAUCUGGAGACCAGGUUCCAUGCCAACCAACUAUGAGCUCUACUAUGGCUUCACAAGGUUUGCUAUUGAGCUCAAUGAGUUAGAUCCUGUACUAAAAGAUCUCCUUCCACCGACAGACGCCCGAUUUCGGCCAGACCAGAGAUUUUUGGAAGAAGGAAAUUUAGAAGCUGCAGCAGCAGAGAAGCAAAGAGUAGAGGAGCUUCAGAGAUCUCGAAGACGAUACAUGGAAGAAAACAACCUUGAACAUAUACCCAAAUUUUUUAAAAAAGUGAUUGAUUCCAAUCAAAGAGAAGCCUGGGUUUCUAACGACACCUACUGGGAGCUGCGAAAGGACCCUGGGUUUAGCAAAGUAGACAGCCCUGUUCUUUGGUAAACUGGGAAUGUAGAACUAGCCAACAUAUCACGCUCUGAAUGAAUAAAUAACUAUGCACAAUUAUGUCUCUUAGAGCUCUGCGUGAUUUCCGGGUCUACUGAAAACCGACCAUUUGCUUUUCUACCCAUCUUGAUAAUGGACUUUCAGAAGUGCAUUAGACAAUGCCCCUAACCACUCUUGGAUCCUUUCUGUUUUGCUGCAACCAUAUUCCUUAAAAACACAUCCACACCCUCCUCGAAAAGCAGAAUCAAAGGAGCAGAAUACAAAAAUCCAAAGUCUGAAGAGUUUGUAAAGAAAAACCAACUGUAACUGGUGCUUCAAGCUGAUCCAGAGAGUUUAAAGCAACAUGACCUAUAAACCACGCGUUUGGCCCUCUUUCUAGAAGCGCCAUUCCCUCGUCGUAGGAGCUCCUGGGCCACGGCAGUCGGUCAGCUCAGACUUCGAGCGUGUCUGUUCGAUGUGGUGUGCUUGUGCUAGCCUUGUCAAAACAGCCGUGAUGCUUCUCAGAACCUGUUCCAUCUGUACACCAUUGUUCACGCCUUAAGAAAUGCGAAGAUGUACAAUAAAUCAUUUUUGAAAUGUGUGCUCGUAGGUUUACGUGAAGGACGGAUCUUUUGAAUCAUGGCAUGAUUCACUUUCUGGGAUCAGAACAAUUAUGAGACUAUCUUAAAUGGAUUUAAAAAAGUAAACAACAUGUGCUUUACUUUGAUACAUUGCUUACUGUAUCGGAUAGUGAAGGGCAAGAAGGAAAAGGUGUGCUGAAGUAGAUCUCUGUAUUCACAUUGCUCAUCGAGUUCCUGUCCUACGUCCAGAUAAUAAACCGUCCCUCUUCUACCCAGACUCACAGUGUGCCCUCUUAUUUGGCAAUAUCUGUAUUUGAUCUGAACACUUGGCAUCAGUGUUAAAACCUUGGAAGGAAAUAAAAAGCAUAUGGAAUUUCUGUGUGGGUUUAGGAGUACUGUAACUGUGACUAUUUUUGAGUGAAGCACAAUGUAACCCACACCUCAAUCCUAUGCCCCACCCAUCGGCACUAGUGGAAUCCCACUGGGAACAGAAGCAAGAAUGCUAGUAGCCUAUUUGCAUUGUUUAAAUGAGUUCUAUGCAAAACCAUAUUUUAUAUUUUCAUCAAGUGAUUCUGUAUGAUACAUGACCACAUAUUAAGCAUUUACCUUGCUCUUAGCAGAGAGAUAAAAUUCAAGCUAAGGAAUUUAUCCAUCCCAACAAAAAAAGGGGGGGCAGAAAUGUGUUUUGCAUACUUCAAGAUUUGUUUCUUCCUCCAAUAUACAGAGGCUUCUGUAGGAAACUUGCAUCAAUAUUCCUGAGUUUCUGCAUGUAGAUGACUAUAUAAAUGCCUGUGUGUUUUAAAAAAAUCUCUUUAGAGAUUUUCCUAGAGAAUUAUAAAAGUACAUAUAUUUUAUUCUUAGUUAGGUUUUUAUUCUUAGAUUCUUACCAUCAGAUUUUAAGUGUUACUUUAAACUCUGAUAACAAGGUGACUGACAUUUUACAUUUUGUUAUGAGAUGUUGGUUUUAAUGUUAUUUCUCCUCAGCAAAGCAUUCCUAGUAAUGGCUGAUCCACAAUCAAACCGAAACUGCUGCUGAGAGCGAAGGGAAAACUCUGAAGUUUCCACUAGGUGGAGCAAUAUUUUAGUUAUCCUAAAACUCAUCCCUCCUUUGAUCUGAGUCCAUACAUUAUGUGUACAGUAUGCACUGGUUUAGAAAGAAAUUUCAUUCCCAAGUAAAUUCCCUCAUCCAUCACCAGAUCUAAAGGUUCCGCUUCAGCAACCUCCCCCGCCCCAGACUUCUCAAUGCCUUCAAUUCCCAUUUUAAAUCUAUAGGUGGCUGGCCCUGUGGUAGUAAGCUUUUUCCCUUGGUAUCGAUUCUUUUUCUGCUCAUUCGUCUUGACAUCCUUUUAUCCGCAUCCUGAAAUACAUGCCUUUAAUUUUAAUUAUAAUUUAAUUAGAAUUAUAUUGACUUCCUCAGAGAAGUCUGUUCUCCCAUGAUUGGUAAAGCUUUAAACACUAUUUAAAGUGGUUCUGGUCUGUACUUAUUGGCACUCCCUGAACAGUCUCAAAAUACUUAGCCUAAAGAUAAGAAAAGAAUUCUGCAAAGUAAAGAUACUACAAGUAGAGAAGCAGGAAGGUGAGGCAUCAGGUGACCGACGCAUAUGCUAUCAGGCAGCUGGAAGAGGACCUGGAACCUAUUGGGAGCAACUACUGUACCUAGUUUUUGGGGUUGUAAUUGAGAAAAAGAUUAGCUAUUAGAGAGGACCUUUACUAGAUAACAAGGUUCCAGCUACAGUUCAGGUAGGUGAACGUUGGUCAAAGCUAACCUGAAACUCUGAUUAGAAUUUCAGUAUGAGAAAAAUGUCAAAUGAAUUAAAAUCACCACAUUUUAUAACAUCCCAGAUUCCAAAUCUUCAAGAUUCAGAUAUCCUGAUUAGACUUCCAAUUCAAGUGAUCAAUUAAGUUGUAGAAAAUACUCCUGUAAUACCUGAUUCACAAAUCUCCCCAUCGAAUACUCCUAUCUGUGUAAUGGUCUCAUCUCUCAUUUCUUUUUUACUUUUUAUUGGUAUGGUAGUUACAGAAUUGUGAGGCUUAUUCCAUUUGGAAUUUUCACCUGCAAAAUUUUGGGGCUUUUGCAACUAGUUUAAACAGCAAAAGCGUAGAAUACAUAUUAAAUCAUUCUUGAUAAAACCUGAUUUAUUUCUUAGAAUUUUAUAUAAACCUUUUUAUUUCGGGGCACUUUUCUUAUUUGUUUUUAUCUAAAAUGGUCUAGAAUAGAGCAGGACAUAAUAUGUCUUUGUACCUCCCUUGUGAUUUAUUCAUAAGCUCCUUCUGUUUGAGCUGGUCAUUAAGGAAAGCAAUAAUAAGUGAUGAUGGUCUUGUGGAUGUGGCUAGACUGAACAGAUCGAUGGCACACACCAGCACGUGUACAAGCCGACCAGAAACUAAUUAUUUUGCUGCUGUGUGCUGCCACCCAGGGUGCAAAUUUACUCUCAGAUUUUGCUGUUAUUUUUUUUUUAAUUAAGUCAUUUUUCAUGAGUUACUUUAAAAUACCCCAUAAUUUCCAGGCAAUUGUGAAAAUAAAUCUCAUUUGAGAUACUUUUUAAUAUUACAUAUCAAUUAUAUGUGACAUAAAAACCACCAAAUGUAUUUUCCAGGUAAGAGAAACCAAAGGGUUUCAGUACAAGGGAUGCCAGGUUGUUAAUUUCUCAAACCUUUUACUCCUCUUCAUUAUUCUGGCCCCGUGCCUUUCAGCGAUUCCACUAAUCAAUCAUUACAUCCUGCCCCAAGGUGCAGUGGGGGCGGAGUUAAAGAGGAAACUGAUCAAACUCUUGCUUAGUUCUGGUUACAGCUGUGGCUGGAGAAGAGUCUCUAAUCAUAAUCUGAUGUACAUUUUUGUUAUUACCUUGUGGAUUUUAAUUAUCCAUCUUGUCUAAUCUUGCUCUCUCAUCCUAGAUAACGAAGUUUCUGUGGGAGCAGAGCUCCUCACACACCAGGGAGUAUCAUAAAUGUUUGCACUGGGCUAGAGUCAGUAUAUUAUGAAUGUGGCACCGUAAAUAAAGUUUGUGUACAAAAUAUUAGUUUAUUUCUAUGGGAGCCAUUAUGUUCAGGAUAUAUAAAAUGUAUCUAAUUAAACAAUUAUGAAUCUA